GUGAUAUCCAAGCCUUAUUAAUCCAUCUCAUACAAAACUACGAUCAACAGGCUAGUAAACUAUAAAUUUAAUAAACUAUAAAUCGUUGAUUACAUUUUAUAAUUUUUUUUUGUUUUAAUUUUUAAUCAGUAACAGCACACACAUUUUCACCUUACAUAUAUUUUGGUGAGAACUGCAUGCAUUCAUUUUCAUUGAUAACUCCCCUGAAUGCUCCUAGAUAACAGUCAAAGAUUGUAAUCGUCAACGUCAGCUAAUAUUCUUCUGCCAUCUCGAAAUGAUAAAGUAAAAUUUAACCUUCAAAGUUAAUUUCCUCGUAUUUAAAUUGGAGUGAAGAAGCUGUGCUGAUAUUCUCUUAAAAUGCUUUGGUUUAUAUUUAUUACUAUUCGAAAUGUUUUAUUGUUAUUGACAACGAUUUUCGUAUUAUUUCUAAUUAUUUUGAAGACAUCUAAAAGAGUCCAAGACAGAUGGUUCGCUUUCCUUUUAGAGAAAAUACUUAAAAUAAAUAUCGAGAAAAACAUUGCUGCGGAAAAACAAAAACUAUUUACAGAAUUGAAACUGGUUAAAUCAAAAGAUCCUCAGAGAUUAAACGAGGGAAAAGUUAAAAUUUUGGAAAUUGGAGCCGGAAGUGGCUCAAAUUUUAAGUAUUAUCCAGAGAAUACCUCCUUAAUUUGUGUAGAACCUAAUAAUAAUUUUCAGAAAUAUUUUCAAGAGAAUCAAAGCAAAUUUCCAAAUGUAAAAUUGGAUCUGUUUAUUUGUUCCGGAGCAGAAGACAUGAAGGAAAUAGAAGACGAUAGUGUGGAUGUAGUCGUAUCCACUCAUGUACUUUGUAGUGUUAACGAUGUGCAGAAAGUCUUACAAGAAGUGAAGCGAGUUUUAAUGAAGGGAAGCCGAUUCUAUUAUUAUGACCAUCAAAUUUCUCCAGAGAUGAAUUUUACCGUAAUCUUUUCUAAAAUAAUCGAGCCAGUUUGGAAGAUACUUGGAGGAAAUUGUCAUCUGACUAGAGACAUUGGAAAAGAAGUGGAACGAGCAGGAUUCGAAGAAGUAUCACAAUAUUAUAAAUAUAUUGAUAAAUUUCCAUUUAUUGUAAGAUAUCACAUUCUCUUCAUUAUAAUGAUUUCAUUUAUAUUUUUAAUAAUUCAAUAUAUUAUAUUGUUGUUAAUAACGAUUUUAGCUGCGUUUCUACUUAUUUUGAAGAUAUCCAGGAAGACUCAAGAAAAAUGGAUCGCUUUCCUUACGGAGAAAAUAUUUAAAUCAAAGCACGAAAAAUUGCUUACUGAAUAUAAAGAAAAAUUAUUUGAAAGUUUAAAAACGUUUAAAUCAAAGGAUCCUGAGAGACUGAGAGAAGGACAAGUCAAAAUUUUGGAAAUUGGCUCUGGAGGUGGCAGAAACUUUAAGUACUAUCCACAGAAGACAUCAUUAAUUUGCGUGGAUCCUAAUGAUAGUUAUCAAAAAUAUUUUCAAGAGAACAAGAAUAAAUUUCCAAACGUAAAAUUGGAUUUGUUUAUUCGUUCUGAAGCUGAAGACAUGAAAGAAGUUAAAGACGAUAGUGUUGAUGUAGUCGUAUCUACUCACGUACUUUGUAGUGUUAAUAAUGUGCAGAAGGUUUUACACGAAGUGAAGCGUGUUUUAAAGAAAGGAGGUCGUUUCUAUUAUGUAGAACAUCAAAUUCCUCCUAACAGUAUGUCUAUCUUAAUCCCAUUUAAAAUAAUUGAGUCAUUCUGGAAGAUAUUUGCAGCAAAUUGUCACAUCACCAGAGAUAUUGGAAAAGAAAUAGAACGAGCAAAAUUCAACGAAGUAUCACAAUAUUACGAAACAAUUGAUAAAUUUUUCUAUAUUGCUAGAUUUCACGUAUUCGGAUAUGCUACAAAAUAG